AUGUCUGAAUUGUCAAUAAAACAUAUAUUUGGUAUUCGAACAUCAUUAUCUGAUUGUAUUGCCUAUUUGGAUGAAGAUUGUUAUUUAUAUCCAUCAAGUCGACAUAUUAUUUUAUAUAAUACUGAUUAUAAAUCUCAACGUUUAAUUAAUUAUGGAAAUGAAGAUGAUAUAUUAGAAUGUUUAACUCUUACUCCAAAUAAACAAUAUUUAGCUAUUGCAUUAAAUACAUUUAACAAAUCUCGUAUUAUUAUAUAUGAUAUAACUGGAACAAUAAAAACUCCAAUUAAACGACGAAAAAUUCUCUCUUUAAAAGAGCCAAUAGGUUCAAAUAAUGUUUUAUCAAUUGUUUUUUCAUCGAAUUCAAAAUAUCUUCUUGUAGUUUAUGGUGCACCCGAUUAUUUAUUGGCUUGUUGGUCAAUUGAUCGAUUUAAAUCUCUUGGUAUAACACCUCUUCAUUUUCUUCAUAAUCAUCUUUCACAUAAUCCACUUUAUUUAAAAGUUUCAUUUAAUCCAAUGGAUUCAAGAGAAAUAUUAUUAACUGGUAAUCAUAUAUAUAGACGAUAUUGUUUAAAUAAUGAUAAAUUUAAUCAAUAUACUGAUGGAGAAUAUCAACGAUGUCGAUCAAUGAAUAUAACAUGUCAUUGUUGGCUUAAUCAAAAUCAUGUUUUAUUAGGAAUUUAUAAAGGUUAUAUUUGUACUGUUAAUAAUCAUGGAGAUAUUAUUCAACAAUAUAAUUUAUAUUCAAUUCAAGAAUUUAAUAUUAAAACAAAAUCAGAUAGAAAUAUAAUUAAGAAAAAAAAUCUAUCAUCAUCAAUAUUUAAAUUAAAUCGAAUUGAAUCAUCAACUAUUUCGAUUCGAGAAGAUAAAAAACAAGGACGAACUUCUUUUAGAUAUUCAAAUCGAAGUUUAGAUGAAUAUUAUUCUAAAAAAGAAUUUAUUUAUUCAAAUUAUGUUAUUUGUUUAUUACCUUUUUCACGUGGAGUUUUUGUAUCAAUAGCAACAGGACAUAUUCUUAUGUAUGAAAGAAAUGAAAAUUGUUUUUAUUUAACUUAUUUACGUCGAUUUAUUUUACCUUCAUUUAAUUCUAUAAAUGAUUUUUCUAUAAAAAGAACAAAAAAUAAUAUUGGUUAUAGAAAAAGUUUAAAAAGAUUUAAAAAUGAAUCAAUUGAAAAGAAUUAUUCAAUAGAUUCAUCAUAUAGAAAUCAAAAAUCAAUAUCAAACGAUAUUAUUUUAUCAUUAGCAUUAACUCCAAAUGAAAAUACAUUAUUAGUUGCAACUAAUUAUAAUAAUUUAUAUAAAAUUAAUUUUUCAAAUAUGGAUUAUAGAAAUAAAGAAUCGAAUAUAUUAAUAAAUGGUCUUGAUGGUGGUCAUAAUGGACGUAUAAUAAAGGUAGGUAUAUCUAUUCGUAAACCAAUAUUAUUUACUCUUGGUAUUGAUCGAUAUCUUAAAAUAUGGAAUUUACAAACAAAUAAUCAAGAAUUAAAUUAUGAAUUUGAUAUUGAACCAUUAUCAUUAAGUGUUCAUCCAAGUGGAAUAUUUGUUUGUAUAUCAUUUUCGAGAAUUAUUCGAAUAUAUAGUUAUACUAUAAAUGGAUUAAAUUUAUUUAAACAAUUUCAAAUUUCAAAUUGUCAAUCUAUUGAAUAUAGUAAUCAAGGACAUAUAUUAUCAAUAUCAUAUGAUUAUAUUAUUCAAUUUCAUCAUCAUUAUGAUUACAAUAAACCUACAUAUAUACGUGCUAAUGACAAAUUUCGACUAAUUCGUUGGUCUAGUGAUGAUUCAUUUCUAAUAACUGUUGAUUUUGAUGAAGUUAUUAUUCGAUGGAAUCCAUAUACAGGUCAACCUUUAUCUCAGUAUAGAAUAUUAGAUUUUCAUAUAUAUGAUAUGAUUAUAUCUUCAGAUAAUAAAUUAGCUUAUAUAUUAACUAGUGAUAAAAAAAUAAAAGAAUUUCAAUUAAUGACAAGAAUUCGUGAUAUUAAUAUUCCAUAUAAUGAUUGUUUUCCAACAGGUUUAGCAAUAAAUGAUCAAAAAAAAAUUUUAUUAAUUGGAUCACAAAAUGGAUCAAUUUAUUCAAUUAAAUUAACAGAAACAAAUUCUAUUAUUGAUUAUAAAUCAUAUAUUAAUCUUCAUCAAGGAGCAAUUACUAAUAUAUUAAUAUCGUUUAGUAAUGAUUUAAUUAUUUCAACAGGAGACGAUGGACAUAUUAUAUUAUACAAUUUAAAUCAUUAUCAAUUAAAUAAAAUAUCAAAUAUUACUUUUCAUGAUGAAAUACUUGCCCAAGAAAAUCUUCUUAAAGAACAAAGUAUUGAAUUAAAUAAUUUAAUAAAACGUGAAUUUGAAAUUGGACAUGAAUAUGAAAAUAAAAUUGAAAUAAAAGAAAAAGAAUAUAUUGAAAAUUUUCAUCAACUUGAUCUUGAUUGUCAAUUCCAUAUAAAUAGAAUUAAUAUGAAAAUAAAAGAAUUAACUCAACAUAAAUUAUACUUUUUAAAUCAAGAUCAACUAAAAUUAAAUGAAUUUAUUGAAAAUAAUGAAUAUUUAAUUAAUAAAUAUAAUCAAGAUAAAAUAAAUAAUUAUAAAAAAGAAAUAAUUCGUGAAAAUAUUGUUAAAUAUAAUAUUGAACAAAUAUAUAUAAGUCAAAAUGAAAAAAUUCAAUUUAUUAAUCAUUUAUAUAGAAGAUAUAUUCAAUUAAUUGAUUUAUCAUAUAGAAAUAAAAUAAAUAAUAUAAAUAUUAUAUUUAUUCAAAAAAAUAAAUAUUUAAAUGAACGUAUUAAUUAUAUUGAAGAUAUAAAAUAUUUCUAUGAUGAAUAUUCUCAAUUCGAAUUAAAUUAUAUAAAUAAAGAAUAUAUUAAAAAAUUAAAAAUUCUUUUAGAUAAAAUCGAACAAUUAGAAAAUGAACAAGUUUUACUUAAUAUAAGAAUUGAACAACUUGAACAAGAAUCAAUUUCUUUUCAAGAUAAAAUAAAAGAAAUUCAAUUUAAACGAAAUCAAUUUAUUGAUCAAAUUCGACAAAUUGAUUAUGAUUUAAAUAGAGCUAAACAAACAAUUCAACAGAGAAAUUUUAUUAUUCAAGAUAAAUUAAAACGUACAAAUUAUAUGGAAAAUCGACAAGAUGAAUUAGAAAAAUUUGCAUAUGUUUUUAAUUAUAAAAUUCUAGAAUUAACAAAUGAUAUAGCUCCUCGACAACAUGAACUUAAAGCUUUAAUUCAACAAUAUAAUAAUAUGGAUAAUGAAUAUGAUAUAUUAUGUCAAAAUAAUGAAAAAUAUUCAAUAAAAAUAGAUGAUUAUAAAGCAAGAUUAAAAGCAACAGAAAAAGAACUCCAAUAUGAAAGAAUUUCUAUUCGUAAAUUAAAUGAAACCGUUGCAAAUAUAAAAGAAGAUUUAAAAUUAUCUUCUCAUUUUAUUGAUAAACCAAAAGAAUUAAUUAAAAUUAUUCGAAAUAUUUAUUCGAAAUAUAUUCUUCAACUUCAUACACAAAUCAAUUUUGGUCAAAUGAAUUUAUUUGAUUGUGAACGACAACGAUCCUAUUUUGAACGAACAAAUCAAAGAUUACAAAGAAAAAUAUCAGUUGAUAUAAAACGAGAAAAUAUUCGAGAAAUUCGACGUCUUCAAGAACAAAUAAAUAUGAUGCGUGAAAUAUCAUCAUAUUGUUUAAAAGUAGUUGAAGUUGAACGAAUAUUAUCUGAUUUAUAUAUUAUAUCAAAUAUUCGUAUCAAUAUAAAUAAAAUAAAAUCAAUUUAUAUAAUUGAUGCACUUAAAAUUGAACAAACUUCAGAUUUUAUUCAAGAAAAAGAAAAAGAAAUUAAUUCAAUAAUUAAUAAACAAGAAAAACGUAUUCAACAAUUAAGAGAUUUUAUUAAAAUAUUAGAAGAAUAUUUACAAAUAAAAUCUAAUCAAUCUCAUUUUAAUUCAACUUAUUAUAUUAAUUCUUCUAUUUCAAUUGAUCAACCAACAAUUAUUUCAUCAAAUUCAAUUCAUUCUCAAACAUCAACUAUUAUUCAAAAAUUUUAA